AAGAGUCGGUUAAACUUUCCCCUACCAACUUGAUGAACCACGACUUCUUUGCUAACACCCAAAUUGACAAUGGCGGUUCUCCAAAUCUGUAACAGUAUUCUAUCUCUAUUAAUCUUCAACAUGGCCAUGCCGUUUCUUCUCCGGUUAAACAAACUCUGACAGAAACACAGACCCCCAACUCCGUCUUCACGCUUCCCAAUACUCCUUUAACCGCCGUAAGAAACAGAAUAUUUCCCUGCAACUCCAAUUCCCCUGUCCCACUGCUUUCCCAACACUUCUAGCCGUUGCCCAUUCCCUUUUUCCUCUUCCUUUUCUAUAAAUACACUGCCCUCUCCGUCCCCAUUCUUCUGCUCUGAACUUGUCCCCCAUCGCCGGAGCUUCUUCGUCUCCGGUGUCGCCCUCUGUUUCGAUUGAAGAAGCUCCUCUGUUCGGCUCCAAUGGCGGCCUCUGUUCAUCAUUUCCUAUUGGCUUUCUUAAAUCUUCUGCUGUUGGUACCAGGUGGGUUUUCGAGGAGCUUUACGUUUGUGAACAAAUGUGAGUUCACGGUCUGGCCGGGGAUUCUGUCGAACGGCGGCGUUCCGCCUCUUCCCACCACUGGAUUCUCUCUCCGGACUGGGGAAUCCAAGACGCUGCCGGCUCCGGCGUCUUGGGGAGGGCGUUUCUGGGGGAGAACACUCUGCUCUGAAGAUUCCACCGGGAAAUUCUCCUGCGGCACCGGCGACUGUGGUUCUAACAAACUCGAGUGCGCCGGAAAUGGAGCGACGCCGCCAGCGACUCUGGCGGAGUUUACUCUCGACGGCUCCGGCGGACUUGAUUUCUUCGACGUUAGUCUUGUGGAUGGUUAUAAUCUUCCGAUGAUAGUGGUACCACAGGGCGGCUCCGGCGAUAACUGUACAAGCACAGGCUGCGUGGUGGAUCUAAAUGGCGCGUGCCCAACAGAGCUUCGUGUAACGAGUGCCGACGGAAGGGAGGGUGUCGCGUGUAAAAGCGCGUGUGAUGCGUUUAGCAAACCGCAGUAUUGUUGCACGGGCGCGUACCAAACACCAGACACUUGCCAGCCGUCGAUGUAUUCUCAGAUCUUCAAGAGUGCGUGCCCACGCGCUUACAGCUACGCGUAUGACGACAAGACGAGCACCUUCACAUGCGCCAGUGCUGAUUACGUCAUCACAUUCUGUCCAUCCCCAAACACAAGCCAAAAGUCAUCGGAGGCGCAGAACUCACCGGCGACGGCGAACCCAUCCUCCGGCGGUGAUGGUGCGAUGGUUUACGAAGGCGCAUCUCUGAUACAAAUCAACUCCGCGCCGUCGCAUGUAACCGGGAUUUCAGCGGUCGGUGCGGUGGCGAUUUGGUGGUUGUUGCAGCAGCUGUUCCUCUACUUCUGACCUUACCUACCCAAAAUCAUUGUACGGCCCAAGUCCACAACGCUCAUAUAACGGGGCCCACGAGUGGUGUUAAGUGGGCCAUUUGGGCCCAUACUAGGGCCCACGAGGAAUUGAUCCGUUGAUGUUAAAAGCCCACCCGACUCCACCGAAGGGUGACGAGGAUAAACGGGGAAAAAGAGAGGGGGAAGGGGCCAGCGGGCCGAAUGGGGAAAUAUUAGAUUUAGGUAAAGUUUAGGGCACGAUUUGGAAAUAUUAAUUUAUUUUGGGGUGGAUCGAUAAAGAAAGAGAAUGUGAGGAAAGGGGCGUUGGGGAUUCACUUACACAUAAUUAAGAUAAGGUUAUAAAGUGUGGGGGUAAUAAAUAAUUCACAUAAAAAUAUUUCAUACCAUAUGUUAUAAUUUAUAUUGCCUUUUAUUAUAUGCUUUUUUCCGUUUUAA